CGCAUGCGCAGCAGCUACGUGACGUCACAGGCGUGUUGCGGAAGUGAGACGACAGGCUGACUUCUGUUAUCCAUAAACUCGAGGAAACAGAUGCAACACGGGCUCGGUGGGAAGGUUGCUGUUCAGAUGAAGAGGGCUCGCUUGGUCGGUACUGUGUGUCACCCUACGUUGCCAUGGCAACGCCCUAUUUCCCCACACUCCUGCUCCUUAUUUUCCUGUCCUCCUUUAGCCUCUUGCUUCUGACCCUCCUGCCCCCCGUCGCCCCAUCAAAUCCCUUCUCCGCCUCCUCCUCCUCCUCUCCUUCCUCUCCUUGGCCGUCACUCUCCUGCGGCCUGGGUCAGUCCUGGGCCGUCCGGCUCCACUCGGAACCACAUCAUGAGGGAGAAGAUGGAGAACAGAGCUCGGUGCACCUGGAUGCGAUAGCCAACAGGGUGGCGGAGCAGGCUGGGCUGAAGAACCACGGCCAGAUUGGGCAGCUAGAAGGUCACUACUUGCUGUGCUCUGUCACUCCUGGAUCUGCGGCUGGCAUUUGGAGCAAAGGUGUCCGGCCCGGUGACGUCCUGGCGUCCCACCCUCACGUCCUGUGGCACUCCCAGGAGAGAGUGCUGAGCCGCUCGAAGAGAUCGAUGGCCUUCAACGAUCCCAAUUACCCCAAACAGUGGCACCUGCACAAUCACCUCAAUAAGGGAAUGGACAUUAAUGUAACGGGGGUGUGGGAGCACAACAUCACUGGCCGAGGAGUCACGGUGGUGGUGGUAGAUGACGGGGUGGAGCACACCCACCAGGACAUCCAGCCCAACUAUAGUCCAGAGGGCAGUUACGACCUGAACUCCAAUGACCCGGACCCCAUGCCUCACCCAGACGUCCACAGCAACAACCACCACGGGACUCGAUGUGCCGGAGAGAUCGCAGCCGUCCCCAACAACAGUUUCUGUGCUGUUGGCGUUGCUUACGGCAGCAAAGUGGCGGGCAUCAGAGUGCUGGACGGCCCGCUGACAGACAGCCUGGAGGCCAUAGCCUUCAACAAGCACUACCAGGUCAACGACAUCUACAGCUGCAGUUGGGGUCCAGAUGAUGACGGACACACUGUGGACGGACCCCAUCCCCUGGGCAAGGCGGCACUGCAGCACGGGGUGAUUGCAGGCAGACAAGGCUUCGGCAGCAUCUUUGUGGUAGCCAGCGGCAACGGAGGUCAAUACAACGACAACUGCAACUACGACGGCUACGCCAACUCCAUCUACACCAUCACAAUCGGAGCGGUCGAUGAGAAAGGCAGGAUGCCCUUCUACGCUGAAGAGUGUGCGUCCAUGCUGGCUGUCACUUUCAGCAGCGGGGGGAGCAAGCUGAGGAGCAUUGUGACGUCAGACUGGUCCAUGCAGAGUGGGACGGGAUGUACCGAGGGCCACACCGGCACGUCCGCCGCGGCCCCGCUGGCGGCAGGAAUGGUGGCUCUAAUGCUGCAGGUCCGUCCCUGUCUCAGCUGGAGGGACGUACAGCACAUCAUCACCUUCACAGCCACCCAGUGUGACAGCAGUGCAGACUGGAGGGUGAACGGAGCUGGUUUCCACCACAGCCACCAGCACGGCUUCGGUGUGCUCAACGCAUGGAGGCUCGUCAACGCUGCCAAGGUGUGGGAGUCGGUGCCGUUCCUCGUGUCCUAUCAGAGCUCAGUGAUAAAGGAGGAAGCGCCCAUUCCAAAUUAUCCAGACGAGCUGGUCCGAACCUGGGAAGUCUCUGCUGCUGACCUCGGACAGUCCGGGAUGGAGACGCUGGAGCACGUGGCCGUCACCGUGACGAUAACCCACCCUUGCCGUGGCAGCGUGGAGAUUUGGUUGGUCUGCCCCAGCGGUAUGGCAUCAGUCAUCGGGGCACGCCGCGCCAUCGACAGAGAUUCGUCAGGCUACCAGGACUGGACGUUCUCCACUGUGCGCUGCUGGGGAGAGAGAGCUGAAGGCCAGUACACCCUCAAGAUGUCCGACCACAAAGAGUCGACGCUUGCGCAGUGUGCAGCGUCGGGGGUGCUAAAGCAGUGCCAGUUGACCCUGUAUGGUUCCUCUAUGACCCACAGCGAAGUCCAGGAACGACAGAGGCUGGUGGAGGAGGCCAUGAGUGGCAAGUAUCUGGACAGCAGCUUCUCUCUGCCCUGCCCUCCAGGCCUGGACAUUCCUCCAGAGAUCAUCAACCCCUUCACCUCCAACAACCUCAAAUUCUUGCUGCUGCUGGGCUGCUUCGCUCUUUUCUGGUCCCUGUACUACACACUGGAGGUCACGCUGGCCCACCUGGACCUCAGGGGCCUUCUCUGCCUGCGCAGGAGGCGGGGAGGUCACCGGGCCCGGGGAGGGCGCCGGGGGAGAGGAGUGGAGGACGCGAUGGUGGAGGAGGAGGCGGGGGGUCGGGGUGAGGAGGAGCACGACUCAGGGGUGGAGUUGCAUGCAGUGUUGGACUCCGAAGCCAAAGCGCCGCUUUUGAAUGGGGAGCGGCUGGCAACAUAGCACUGAUCCAGAUGAUGGGUCUAAAACCUCGUUGCUCAUGGGACGUCUCAGGCUCCCCCCCUUUCACCUUUAUCUGUGGUGGUGGGGGGGUCACAGUGUAGACUGCAAAUAGACUUGACUGAGGAGUGGACUCUUUGUCCUUGUCCGCGAUCUCCAAACACAUGGCCUUUUUUCAUGAAAGUCUGUAUUUGUGCUGUGAGGGUACGUGUGGGAGCGUAUGUGAGUUUUUGUACAACUGUCCCUCCAAAUAUCCUCAAAAGGAAUGAAAAGUGAAGACAAUCCUCCAAAAGUGGGGGUAUUUUGUCACUGCUGGGGUUCAAUUUCCAAUCAGGAUUAGGUUUGGGUCGGAGUAAAGGUCAGGCAUUAACUGGAAUGACCUUACAGGGUGUAAUGUCCCCGUUUGAUUGCAUGUUUGGUGUAUGCAGAGUGUAUGCAGGAUGCACAGUGUGUGUGUGUGUGUGUGUGAGAUUGUAAUAUGAAAGGUCUUCCAUGAAAAAGUUUCCUCAAAUAUGAGGUUCCAAGAAUACUGUUUUUUUUUUUUAAACUAGAUUAUUAUUUUCUGAGGUGUUAUUUGAUGUGUUCGAUUUUUAAGUCUUGGGUCGUUAUCUGCGGGUUAUCAACCAACUACUGAUUAAAAACUUGAAGUGGGAAUUUCAAGUGUGGGAUUUGUAUAUGUAUUUUUUUAUGGAGUGUAAUAUAUACACAAUGUGUGCCUGCUGUACAGAUAUCUAUAUCAAGCGUGUUUAAUGAUUUAUACAAAGUGUCUUUUGUAAAAAUGUAUUAAAGAGUUCUAAUUUUUUUAUUGGAAAGGAGUGUUUGGAUUGAAGUUGGAAGCUGUGUUUGCUGUGCAAGUCACAGGUGAUCUGAACGAUAAUAAAAGACUUGACAGAUUA